UCGAGCAUCCGCAGCACAUCCUUCGUCGGCGCACCUCUCAGAGCGUCCUUUCGGGGUCCGCCGAGGCCUCCUCUCGCCGCGCGCGCACACACGACCCCCGUCGCGUGCGCGCUUUCCAACUCCAUGGAGUGGGGCAUGGCCGAGCAGGGCGAGCGCCCGCGCGCGUCGCCGCCCCUGGGGUCGUCGGCGUCGACGGCGCGGGGCGGCGGGAGCGUCGCGGCCAUGGUCCCGGCCCUGCGGCGGGCCGUGCGCGACGCCGCCGCGGCGCCCGAGCGCCUCGAGCUCGUCGAGGCCGCGCGCGCGCUCGCGGAGUCCGUCGGCGCGAAUUUGCGGCCGCCGCACGCGCAACAACUCGGCCGCCAGGAGCAGCGGGACCUGCGCGCGGCGCUGCGGAGCCUCGAGCAGCUCGAGGCGCGGGACCUCGAGGAGGCCAAGGAGGCCGAGGACCGGCGAGGACCCGCGGACGCGCCGCUCGAGAUCGAACGCGACACCGUCGGCUCGUCGCUCGCGCAGUCGCUCCUCGGCGAGGAGCAGGACGCCUACAGCCUCCAGCUCGAGGCCGAGCGCGAGCGGGAGAUCGAGCGCAUCAGCGGCCAGGUGUCCACGGUCAACGCGAUCUACCGCGACCUCGCGUCGCUCGUCGGGUCGCAGCAGGACGACGUCGACGAGAUCGAGCAGCUCGUGGCCCAGUCCCACGACCGCACGGUCAAGGGCCAGCGCCAGCUCGAGCGCGCCGUGCGCAAGCGCACGGCCAAGAACAAGUGCUGCAUGUAUUUCGCGUGCUUCCUGCUCUUCGUCAUCGUCGUCGUCGUGCUCGCCGUGCUCGUCAAGACCUUCGACGUCGACAAGAAACUCGCGCAGGAGCGCUGGGACGCCAUCCGGGCCGACGGCCCCUUGAAGUACAAGAACAAGGCCCUGGGCUGCGUGCUCUGCAAGAAGGUCGAGUUCUGCGCCCAGAAGUGCCCGGAGUCGACGCAGGACUGCACCUGGUGCCCCGGCUUCUGCCCCCAGGCGGUCAACGCGACGUGCAUUCCCUUCGGGCAGACCGUCACGCUCGUCCAGGGCGAGGAGGCCAAGUGCUGCGAGAUGGGCGACAAGGGCCUCGCCGCCUGCUGCUGCCUCUGCCCCGUCGUCUACUGCUUCGGCGUCCCGCCGGCGGCGCCCAUCAACUUCUCCUGCGCCGCGGCCGCGCUCGUCACCGCGCAGCGCGAGCGGCUCAAGGCGGCCUACGAGAUCAAGGACGACAAGCCGGCCUUCGGCGGCUUCCUCUGCUACUGCUGCGCCCUCUGGCACCAGCACCGCUGCCGCGCCGCGGGCGUCGUCGCGCUCGUCUGCGGCCGGUGGCGCGCCGCGUGCCGCGGCGGCGGCGACGGCGACGACGACGACGCGGCCGCGGCGCGCUGCGUGGGCUUCGGGUCGCUCGCCGUCGUCGAGUCGGCCCUGCUGGCCCACGCGGCCUUCGAGAGCGACGCCGGCGCGGCCCUCGCGCGCCUCGCCGCGCGGUGCCGCCGGGUCUGGGUCCGCUGCGACCCGAAGUGGCGGCCGGGCGGCGUCGCGGCCGGCGACGCCGCGCACGCCUGGGUCUGGCGCGACGCGUUCCCGCGGGCGCGCUGCGUGUCCCUCAAGAACUGCCUCUGCGCGCCGGAGCUCCUCGCGGCGCUCGCGGGCCGCGGCGCGCCGCCGCUGCUCGCGCUCGACGUCUCCGGCACGGCCGUCGACGACGCGGGCCUCGCCGCCGUCGCCGCCGCGCAGCGCCGGCGCCCGUCCCUGACGUCGUUGUCGGUCUACGGCUGCGGCAACGUCACGGGCGCGGGCCUCGGCGCCUUCGCGGCGCCGCCGCUGCCCCUGAGGCGCCUGAGCGUCGGCGCGAACCGCCGCGUCGCGGCGGAGCACGUCGGCGCGCUCGCGGCGUCGGCGCGCGCGACGCUCCGCGAGCUCGACGCGUCGCGCGUGAGCCGCUCGGCGCUCGGCUUCGGCUUCGAGGCGACGCUCGCGGUCGCCGGCGGCGCGGCCUACCCCUACGCCGACCCGGAGCUCCGCGUCUGCCACGUCGAGGCCGGCGACGCCCAGCUCGUCCUCGAGCGCGCCGUCGACGCGGGCCAGCUCGCCGUGCUCAGCUCCUACGUCCUCGCGUCGGGCGCGCUCAUCGAGAAGCGCGCGCUCGGCAUCGACGGCGACAAGUACCAGAAGGUCAUGGGCUUCGCCGGGGGCUUCAUGCAGGCGGCCCAGGAGGUCAACGGCUGCGCGGAGAAGCUCGGCCGCGGCACGGAGCUCAUGGCUUUGCUCCACAAGCUCGAGGACGCGAAAGCGUCGGCCUGA